AGAUCGAAAGCGAGACAAUAAAAUGAUACGUCAGUCGUGAUCGCGUGCGAUGAUGGAAUGAAUGGUCGUGCGCUCGUGGAAAAUAACGGCUGCUGCUACCACCUUCCUGUGACCCCCGAAGACUACGGCACUACGCUAUAAGAACGGAUAUCGGCGUGGUAACGGCGGCAUAUUCGGCCGUUUUUCAGUGCUGCUCGCGUCGUCUUUAUAGUCAGGCGACAAGCCGUUCUCAAUUAAGCCGCGUGUCACACGUACACACGUGUGUAUUCUUGAAGUUUGACUUUCGAAGUGCGCGCGUCUAAUCUGUGACACUGUGUGUGUGUGUGUGUGUGUGCGUGUGUAUCAUGGCACCGAGCAAUAAGUCAAUUAUGCUGUCAGGCAUCAAGGAAACAGGGAGCAUACAAGUCGGGGAUUAUGUUCUACAGUUGGAGUUGGACGAACCUAGCGCUGAAUUGCAAGAGGUAGCCAGGAAGGAGCUUCGAGAAACUCCGGAGGUGCAGAACGAGGCGAUGGCACGCCUGAGAGAAUUGUUGCAAGCCGAGACAGAUCUUAAAUGUCCGUACGAGAACGAACCCUGGCUGAUCAGGUUCCUGAGGCCGUGCAAGUACUAUCCCGAGUCGGCGCGCGAUCUCAUCAAGCAGUACUACAGUUUCAAGUUGAAGCAUGCAAAUAUCUACAGUGGCUUGAAGCCGAGCAAGGAGUGUAACAUCUUCGAGCAAAAUAUUUUGACGGUGAAGCCGAAUCGCGAUCAGCACGGCCGGCGUAUAUUGAUAAUCGAGCUCGGCAAGAAAUGGAAGCACAACAAGGUCAGCCUGGAUGAAGUCUACAAAGGUUGCGUCUUGUUCUUGGAAGCCGCCAUGCUCGAGCCGACCACACAGAUUGCUGGCGCUAUCGUCAUCUUCGAUAUGGACGGUCUUAGUCUGCAGCAAACGUGGCAAUUCACGCCGCCAUUCGCCAAGAGGAUAGUCGAUCUGCUUCAGGAUGCGAUGCCUUUGAGAAUAAAGAAUAUACACAUUGUGAAUCAGCCGUACGUGUUCAACAUGGUGUUCGCUCUGUUCAAGCCUUUUCUGCGGGAGAAGCUGAAGAACAGGAUUAUUUUCCACGGCACCGACCGGAAAUCGCUGCACCAAUACAUUUCGCCAAAAUGUUUGGCCUCGUGUUACGGCGGUACUCAAGAACUCCCAAGGGUAGAUGGAGUAAUAUGGUACAACCUAUUGGUGCAAUUCGACAAGGAAUACGAGACUAUCGAUUCGUACGGCUACAAGAAAAAGUAGUUUUUCUCUCACGACGGGAUUAGGGGAUAUAGUAGAGGUGGUUGGAUUUGAGCAAUAUGGAAACAAUCGGACAAUACUAUCCUAUGCGACAUGUCAAUCUAGUGUCAAUCUCUCUCUCUCUCUCUCUCUCUCUCUCUCUCUCUCUCUCUCUCUCUCUCUCUCUCUGUGACAAUCUCUCAACGGCAUCUUUGUCGUCAGAUUUGUAAAAUCACAUGGAAAAAGUACUAUUAUGAAAUACAAUCGCGUCGUUUUCGAACUUUUCUUCUUCUAACUUUGGCAUCACGGAAAUCACUACUCGUCAAGUGUCGGUGAUGUCAUCCGGAAUUCGGCACUCUCUUGCCUUUACGACUAUGUGAUGAAAGUAUCGCGUAUUCUAUAAGUACCGAGUGCCAAUGUUUUAGAAUAAUGUUGUAAUAAGAAAUUGUUGUCAAUAAGAAAUUAUUUUCCUUCUUCGAAGUAUCUCUUUGCGUAUUGAUGACACCGUAAUGCGACGUUGCUGUCAUUGUGGCUCAAUGCGAUAUUUUUACUAUUUAUUUUAAAUCGUAUAUAUAUAUAUACGGUUUAUGUACUUAAAUAAUUGUAUGACUGGUGAUCACCUUGAUAUAGAAAUAGACAUGUGUCAAAAUAAAUAGUAAUUAACGCUUUAA